UUUUGGAAUGACAGACGGCGAAGUCGAGCAAUCUAAUAUUCCAAUUUGGUACAAUAUUUAAUAGUAUUUAAGUGCAUUUGAAAAUAUGCCUGGAUUAGAAAAGAUUCACCUUGAAGAUGCUUUGGAGGAUAAUCCUCAGACACGCUCCAUGGUCACGCUUUUUGAACAUGAUGCUGAAUUAUUAAGAGAUUAUAUUGAAACUCUGCGGUCACAUUGCGAUAAAGUGCUUAGUGCACAGAAAGAACUUGCUUCAGCUACUUCAAAUCUCUCCCAGCAUUUAAGAGCUUAUGAAAACCAGAAAUUUCCUAUGGAUACAGAUCCUGAUAGUGUUUUGAAAACAACCCUUCGAGAAUUUGCUGUCACUUUAGAUGAAAUUAGCUCUUUGCAACAAGUUUGUGCUGCACAGUUGGGAGAUGGAAUGCUGUUUCCUCUCAACCGAUUCAUUGAAGCUGAUCUAACAGAUAUCUUUACCAUGAUGGAAAUGUUUAAGUCAGCUUCUAAUGAAAUGGAACAAAGUAUCACAAGAUUCUGCAAAUGUUCCAGAAAGCGAGAUAGUGAGAAAGUGAGGCAGGAAAUCAAUGAAGAAGUUUAUAUGGCAACUAAAAAGUACCAUCAGACAGCUUUGCAUUAUUAUGCAAAUAUGAAUGCACUGCAGUAUAAGAGAAAAAUGGCUCUUUUGGAACCAGUUCUUGGCUAUCUUCAUGCCUUGAAAUCAACAUUUUCAGUUGGACAUGAAACACUUAAUACACCCGAGCUAGAGUCAUUUCUAACAAAUAUUGGCUCUAGUAUACAAGGAGUUCAAGCGGAAUUGGGACAAGAGACUCAAAAAACUGUGGAACUGAUUGAUACCAUAGAACAACAAAGUCAGCAUUUGUACUAUGCUGAGCCCCCUGUAGAUAUGCCUUAUAUUCCUCCAAAUAUGGGACUUUCUCAAAAAAGUGGUUAUUUAUUUCUGAAAACCAAGUUUGCAGGAAUGGUAACCAAAUGGGAACAUGUGUUUGUUUAUACACUUGGAAGUAAACUGAUGACCAUGGCAAAAUUUGAAGUUGCUGGAAGUGUAAUCAUGGAACUUGAGAAAAAUAUUACUACUUUAGCUCUGGAAAAUGAAGAUAGACGAAAUGUGUUUCAAGUGUCAAAUGGGAAAAAAAAUGUGAUAUUUCAAGCACUGAAUGGAAGAGAAAGGGAUGAAUGGAUAGCAUCCAUUCAUAAUAUUGCAAAAGAAGGCUCUAUCAGUAAAUCUCUAAUGAGGCAGUCGUCUAGAGAUAAAUCAAGCAGACAAAAUACAGUAGAAAAAAGUCUAUCAGUUUCAAGCAAUGCUUCUAGCAAUGAUGGGUAAUUGGUUUUGAACUACUUUUUUCACUAUUGAAAAUUUUACUAUUGAAGACUUUAGCAUCAUAAAUAUUAAUUGCUAUUUUU